AAAUUACACACCCAACCAAAAAGCCUACAAAUCAUCGAGAAUUUGGUAGCUUCACGUUUUGUAUAGGAGUUUUUUGGUUAUGUACAGGAAAUGAUCGAUUGGAUGUCCUAUCUGUCGGUGGUGUCCACACUGGGCUUUGUGGUCUUCUUUGCGUUGGGUCCCGGCUCAAUACCAUGGAUGAUAACGGCCGAGCUCUUUUCACAAGGUCCAAGACCCAGUGCCAUGGCCAUAACUGUAUUGGUAAAUUGGAUGGCCAAUUUUGUUGUUGGUAUUGGAUUCCCCAGUAUGAAGACUGCUUUGGAAAAUUAUACAUUCUUACCGUUUAGUGUAUUCUUAGCCAUAUUUUGGAUAUUCACCUACAAGAAGGUUCCUGAGACCAAAAAUAAGACAUUCGAAGAAAUAUUUGCUCUCUUCCGUCAUGGAAAUGGAAGCGAAGACACUGCAACAACGCGCAGCAUUAAAUCGGAAACAGAAGAAAUUGAAAUUUCACCACGUGAUUCGGACAAUAACACCACAAGAAACAAGCAGCACCACACCUAA